ACGUUUCCUUCGGGCUGCCUUCGCUCAGCUUUCCGGUUCUGUAACAGAGCCUUCUCUUUCAUCUUAGUCUCUUGAAGACCAUCUUAGAAAGGGGACCCGGCCAACUUCAGACCUCUACUGUAUUAAGGCAGGUUUCACCUCUUAGGGGACAAACCCAAACGUGUGUCUGUUUUUAAUCAGAGGACCACUGCCGGGAUGCACUCUUGGCAAAAUCGGAGGAGUUGCCAGUGAGGAGUGAGGCACGUGGAGAUCCUCCAUCACCUUUUCAGAAGGGACAACGAUACUAUGAACAGGUGAUACCUCCAUAAGGUAUGUGUGGCAGACAUCUGGUCCAUGAAAGUCUUCAGACAUCUGGUUGAUUAGUCUUUGUGAAACCAGCCCUUAGCAGAGAUGUAAAAGCAGACUGUUAAACCCUCGAGGUGUAAGAGCAGCUGACCUAAGUUAAAGGAUGUCAGAUCGAGGGGGCAGGGACUCUGAACUAGACUUUAUCUGCUCAAAUUGAAAAGAUUUGUGGCAGUUUGUGAGAGGGGAGAAAGUUUGUCAGAAUGGCUUUUGGUUACCCAACUUUCUUGGUUCUUUAUUUACUCUGUUUUCUGACAGCUCUGUGGUUGCAAUUUCUUGUUCUUCAUUCAUGAGAGAAAUACACCAGGUUGAAAAAUAGUAAGGGUGUAUAUAUCAGAGAGUUAUUGUUUGUUUUCUCUUUCUCAGGGGUUGUACAAACAAGCAUUAAAGCGAUUUGAAAAAAUCAAGGAUACAGAUUUUCAAGCAAUGUAUCAGCUUGGUGUAAUGUAUUAUGAUGGACUUGGCACUAAAAAAGACCCUGAGAAGGGAGUGGAAUACAUGAAUAAAAUACUCAACUCUGAUUCCCCAGAAGCAAGUCACUUGAAGUUUGCAGCUGCAUACAAUCUUGGCAGGGCAUAUUAUGAAGGAUGUGGUGUUAAACAUUCAGUUGAAGAGGCUGAAAGGUUGUGGCUUACUGCUGCAGACAAUGGAAAUCCAAAAGCAAGUGUAAAGGCCCAGAGUACUUUAGGAAUGCUUUAUUCUAUGCCGAUUCUAAAAGAUAUGAAGAAGGCCUUUUUCUGGCAUUCAAAAGCAUGUCAAAAUGGAAAUCUGGAAUCAAAGGCAGCACUUGGCAUUAUGUAUCUCUAUGGACAAGGUACAUGUCGAAACAGCCAAGCUGCUUUGGAGUACUUGAGAAAAGCAACGGAACUUGGAAAUAUCUAUGCUCAAGGCCAUCUUGUGGAAUAUUACUACACUGGAAAAUUUUACUCAAAAGCCGCUGAACUAGCCAAAAGGGCUACAGCAGAUGAUGACAUCAACAUGCUUGCCAAGCUAAAUGAUUGCCAUCCAACCUAUUUAGCCAAGGGGGCUGCUAUGGCUGCUUUCUAUUUGGCUAGAUGCCUCCAGCUAGGCAGAGGCACAGAGAAAAACAAGCAGGCUGCUGAGAAGUACUAUUCUAAAGUAAAGAGGGACAACAUGGGUGUGUGCUGCAGUUCCCCAGCCUUCUUCCAGAAUGCAUUUAGUUACUGCCAUGCUCUGCAGAAGGAGCACAGGCAGUCCUCUCAAAAAACAGAGCCAAAAACUGCUGCUGGCAGGAUCUGGCCAAGAGGAAUCUCACUAGGGAUCCUGAAAACUUCCCAUUGGACUAAAGUGAUGAGGACACUGCACUGCUGGAAUUAGCAUCACUGCUGUAUCUUCUGCUUGCAGCCUUGCCCCAGUAAGCACCUCAGUGCUGCCUCUAUUGCCCCAUCAACACCGGCUGGAUGAAAGAAAGCAGGUGAUGUGGGAGUCCUGUACUGCUGGGAAACAGGUGACAGCUGUAAGCAGGAGACGGCACUCAGCAGUGUUUGCGAUUGCAAAGCUCCCUCUGACACAACACCCAUAAAAAACAUUCAGGAUGGGGAGCUGGACAGCUGGAGCUCUUUGCCACGCAAACAGCUGGGAAGAAAGGGGGAAAAUCUGGUUAUUGCACCAGGAAAAGCAGGUAGCUGGUUCCCCAGGAGACCAGACAGUGCCUUCACAGCUGAAGCCCCUCAGUGGGAUUAGGCCCUAACCAGUUGUCCUUGAAGUAAGCUGGGAGCCAAAGCCAGCAGUGGAAAGGGAACUAGCCAGAAACACAAAUUGUGAUAGUUAGUGACCUGAGCCUGAGGAUACCCCAGCUCAGGGCACCAA